UUUUCUCCAUAAACGACCAGUCGGGCGAAAGAUCUCUAGAGCCAGGCCCGUUGUGAGUCUCGUAGCUAACAGUGCAACGGUUAUAUUUCCUUUUCGGAGUUGCAGUAGUCUCGCAGUAAACAGCCAUGGCUCUGUGCGGGGGUGUCGGAGCCUUGGCUUUACCCAGUGAGCUUAUUGUUCACAUAUUUUCCUUUCUGUCAGAUCGAGACAAGCUUCGGGCCUCGGCCGUAUGUUCUCGCUGGAGGGAGUGUCUGUUUUAUCCAGCGUUGUGGACUGAACUGAAGUUGCGUGUCGGUGGAGGGACAAAUGGAGGUGGCUCUGGAUCAGAAGAGACCCCCAGAUUAGAAUUCCUCAUGCGCAAAUUUGGCUCUUUUGUGCGUGAACUGCAGCUGGAGUUCGCACCAGUGGAUGGGUACCUAAGCCCACUGCAAGCAAUGGAGGGCAGAAUGGAACCUGUGGAAAGCGACCCUCAGUUUUCAGACCGCUGGAAAGAUGCAAUGGCCACCUAUUUGGACCAGGUUUUGUUUGUGCUUCGUAGUAUUCGUAACAACAGAAAUCUCCAAAGGUUGAGUCUCUAUGGUGACACCUGCAUCCUUCAGGAUGAGGGCAUAUUGGACAGCUCCUAUCUCCACCAAGUUGAUCAGGGAAGCAAGAAAAUCAAAGAGAUCCAGCUGCUGUUUGAGGAGGUGCUGUCCAACAGUAGGCAGAUGAAGUGGCUCUCCUCUGCCUUCAUGCUGGGCGUGGUGACUCCUUGCUCCCUGGCCUCGCUCUCCAACCCCAGCGCCUGCUCCCUGGGGCACCUCAGCUUGCUGGACAACCAGCUGCCCAGCCUGCUGGCGCCCGUGGAGCUGGAACGCCUGGUGAACCUGCGCUCGCUGGCGCUGGACUUCUGCGACUUCUCCUCGGCCAUGUGCCGGCUGCUGGCGAGCCAGGACCGGGCGCCGCUGCACCGCCUCUCGCUGCUGCUCAACGGCGCCGCCCUGGAGGACAAGCCCCUGGACGGCACGGCGGGCGAGGACGACUGGAAGGCGCUGGUGCGGCGCAGCGGGCAACUGCGCGUCUACCUGAUGGCGUUGGACGUCUGCAGCCAGGACCUGCUGCGCGUGCUCAAGCCCAGCCUGCCCCUGGAGCGCAUCCACCUGGACAGCUACAGCACCCCCGUGACGGACGGCGCCGUGGAGCUCAUCUCGCAGCAGUACCACAAGACGCUCAGCCACUUUGUGCUGAUGCGCGACGACGGCGGCUUCCCCGACCUCAGCGUCAACCGCAACGAGGACCCGCUGGUGCUGCUGGCCUGGCGCUGCGUGCACCUGGCCGUGCUCAUCAUCCAUGGCUACACAGUGUGGUCCCACAACCUGGUGGCCAUCUCGCGCCUGCGGGGCCCCAGCCUGAAGGUGCUGGCGGUGUCGGAGGAGAGCAUCGACUUCGACCCGGACCAGUCGGUCUUCAUGGAGGGCGACCCGGUGCACAACAUGGUGAAGGAGGUGUCGCUGGGCCUGUGCCGCGUCUGGCACCCCUCGCUGGACACCAGCGUGGUGCUGAGCGAGCCCACCCAGCACUUCCACCGCCAGAUGCAGAGCUUCAGCGAGGGCAUGUGAUGGGGGAGCGCGACGCAACACCACCACCAACCCUGCGCAGUGCACCGCACGCCACGCCACGCCAAGCAAGCAUAGCAAAGCAAAGCAAGCACGUGUUUAUUGCACGCUCGCUCUCUCUCUCUGUGUUUGUCGUCUCUCACCUGACCUGCAAGUCCCACCUUUUCCCUGUUUGACUCCUUCCUACUACGUACUCCUCACCCAUCACCCUCCACCCCCAACCUUGAACCCUGGUCUUGUUUCCGUACUUCUUCCUGCCUCGUUUUCCUCUAGCCCUGUCCAUAUACAAGUCCUGAACCCCCCUACCCUGUGUCCCCCUUCCCUAUACCCCAGCUCUGUGCUUGAUGGUAGACCUUUUAGUCCAUUUUCUGUUGUCCCUCUACCCCUUUACCCCACCACCCCUGCCCAUUUUACUUGGCAGGCUUGUUCAUUUAACUUUUAUGAUUGUUUUUUUUUCCCCCUUUCUCUCUAUCUCUCUCUCGCUCCUAUAGUGUGACAAAUAAUCCUUAUAUGUGCUGUGUUUAUUCAGUAUUAGCACUAUAUUAAUAUCUCUCUGUAUAUCCUGCUCAUUACUAGGAGAGUAUAGUUGGGUAUCGAUUUAGUAGCUAAUGGAGUGACUGGUGAAGAGGAGCUUUAUGUUGUGUGGGUGUGAGUGUGUGCGUUGUUUUUUUUUUCCUUUUUUCUUGAAAACUUUUACUCCUACCAUUCUUUUGGGUGCACCCAUGUUACGAGUUAAUCGUACAGUGAGUUGUUUUUGUUUCGUCUCCAUCCCCCGUUCUCUUCCUAAGUCAUCCGUCUUCAGAGUUUCCGCUCUCUCGUCUCUUGUCAAGAGUUUGGUGUUGUUCGAGUGAACCUUACGGAGACGCGAGGCCUCACUUUAGACAUUCUGAUUUAUCUCGGCUCGUUUUGCAAGGACGUGAAGAUCCUGUGACCCUGCUCGCACCCUUCUUCUUGAUUUCUUUCAAAGGGAGACUAGUCUUCCUGACUAAAGGGUCAGUACUGGCGAACCGUUGCGAAACCCCUUGCCGCCUUCCUCUAUAUUAUUCAUAAUAUUUUUUUGUACAUGUGUUGUCUUCCUUGUUUUUUUUUUCUUCAAGACUUUAUGAUGAUGAUGCUGAUGAUGAUGACAUUGAUGUUCUUGUUGUAGUAGUUAGUAGAAGUUGUUGUUGUUGUUGUCAUUGUUGGCUACAUUCGGGACUUAAGAUCCUGCUGGUUUUUUCCUCAGCCUGGAAGUACAGUAGAUACACAGGUCUACUGUUGGAUGAACACACACACACACGCACAUACACACACGAACACACAGACACACAUAUGAUAGUGGAGGGUUUUUAAGCUCCUGCAUGCCUCAAGCCCUUCCCAGCACUUUACCAAUGGGGGCUAAGUGUUAGCAAAGACCUAGCUGCAGGUUUCUCGCUCUCAAACAAACAAGGAGAAUAAAUCCUCUGUCCGUCUCAGGUAGGCACAAGCAGGACGAUGACUAAGAUCUAGAUGAUGAAGAUACGAUGAAUGAAACGAAACAAUCAGCUACUCUUGUCAGUUUUGUCUGUUCUUUUGAAGUCACAGUUGCCUUGGAAACAGCCCUUAAGCCCCUCCCACUAGUUUUGUUUUUUCCAUCAUACAAGUUUCACAAUCACUUAAAAAGACAAAAGCAAAACGUCCCCCCCCCCCUCCAAUUUCUCUGUUUCCUCAGACCAGCCAUAAGGUAGACAUGGGUGUGUGUCCCUACAUCGUGGACACACAUGAGUGGAGCAAAUCCUUCUUUGGUCAUUGUUGAGGAUAAAAGGGUGCACGUUUGGGGGAUUGAAUCCAGAGCUUGCGUUGCAUCCUCUGUGCUUGCGCGCAUUGUGUGUGUGUGUGUGUGUGUAAUGUGUGGCUAGAAGCAUUUUGUUUGUAAUUUGCUAGUUCCAUAUCUCAGGAUUCCUGCACUGCGGUACUUUUUCGUUUUUUUCUCCUGUAAAAUGACUUUUUUUUUUGGAAAGCUGGUUGUUGAGGGAGUUUGGUUGGCCUAGAUGUCCGAAAAUGCGCGUUGUGUUGGAAUUGCGCGAUGGAGAAGAAAAAAGCUCUUCCAAAAGAGUGCUCCUCAAGGAGGGGGGAUGUUAUAUAUAUUUUUUUCUCUUCAAAGAGAAAAAAAACAAGUUAUCCAUCCCUCGCCUUGUUUCUCGGUUUACUACUUCUUGUUUUUAAAAGUUUUCAUCUUCAAUGUUGUUGUAUUUGCUCAGCGCUUUUAUUACCCGAGUUGUGCUAUCUGUCUUGCACGUAUUUGCUCUUUUUAAAAACCGUGAACGUUGCCCAUAGUGGUGGGAAGUAGUAGUGGCUGAUACAAUUGCCUAGUGUUAGAAAGAGAAUGUGAAGCUCAAGCCUUGAUUUUAAGAGAAGUGAAAAAAAACCUCUUGCUGUCUUGUGUGGGAAUCUCCUUGACCUCCAUCCCCACUGCAGCCGAUGCCUCUCCCUGUUCCUUAAGUCUGUAUUUAUGAGCACAUAUCUCCAGUGUCUGCGGAUCUAUUGGGGGGCACGGGCCAGACUUUUUAUUCAAGGUAGCAGGUGCAAAGAGCUUGGUGCUUGUUGUUGUUGUUUAAAAGGUUACAGAGGAUGCCUUUAGGUGGAUGGCCUUGUUGUUGAUUUUAAUGGUGGUGGUGCCGGCAUCUCCCUAACACCACAGAGACGAGCAAGAAUGGACAGGUGCUGCCUUCCUUCACAGCCCUACAGGUUGAUGGCUGUGCGUGUGUGAUGGGCAGGGCGAGUUUAUAACCAAAGUGAGUACUUCCAUCGAGGAAGGAAGGAAUAAAACUAGUAUGCAGGCGUGCGAGGUGGGGAGAAAAAUGAGUAUGGUUUAAGGUCUUUCCGUGUUCUUCAGGGGAAGGAAGGAGAGAAAAUGCAUUUUGUGGACGGCUCACAAAAGAACUGAUGCAGGUAGUUAAUGGGUGAUUGCAAGAGUGAACAGUCACCUAUGGAGACUGGGGACAGUCAUGCUGAAGUGAGUCCAAGUGCAGAUAUAGCCCCUCUCUGAACUUGCAUUUGUUUUCUUUGUCUAACAACAAGAAAAAAAUGCAAUGGAGGAAAACAUACAUGUGUGUGCAUGCAGAGAGGUGGGGGAAUUGCUUGAUUUGAAAGCCCUGUUUCUAUUUUUAGUACUACACCAAAAAAAGACAUUUCAUUGAGAUUGUUCUAUAUUUUGAUCAGAAUAUUAUAUUUUGGUCAUCGCUGAUAAAGAGUGGCUAUAGACUGAAGUGAUGAGGGAGAGACAUGAGACGGUGUCUUGACAUUUGUUACAAUAUGUGAACUGCUAAUGCAUAAACUGCUAUUCCAUGCUGUGCCUAAAACCCAGAAUAGCUUUCAUUUAAGCCUCACGUGUUCUCAAGGGUUUGCUAGUAAAGUGGAAGUCUAGAACAAGUGUGGGUCUACAGUUACAAAAAGCUCGUCAAAGCAUCAGACUUGUUUUUUCUUUUUUUUCUUCUUUUCCUUUUGUUUUUUGAAGGUUUCUUCUUGGUGUGCAUUUGUGUGUCUUUUAUUGUGAAAUGAUUCAAAAAGUGCGUACAUCAUUGAAGUGGUGAGCGUGUGUUCGUACCAGUAUAUGCACACGCGCAACUCGGUAUACAACGAUAAAAAACCUACAAGGCAUACCACUUUCUCAGCAGUGAAAAGAAAAUCCGUUUUUUCUCAGGGUAACUGUCCGGCAAGGAGCAGAGUGGAGGGAGGUUUUCAAAAGCUCAGGCCUCUAUUGAGAGAGAAAAAGUUACGAGAAAGAAAAAAGUCAAACAAAAACAACAAAAAAUAUAACACAGCUUCUCAGUCACUGGAUUUUAAGACAUUUUUCUGUCAGCAUGUGUCUGCGUGCGCUGCCAAAGAUGACGGUGAUGCAUAGAUAACAAACCCCACAUGAAGUGCCCACCUGCAGGCAAAACGGGCCAGGGGCCAACAGCUUCUCUGGGCCAAGACAUAACUACUAUAUUUACUACUUACUCAGCAUCUACUUUUGCAGUUUGAUAAUACAGAAAAAACCAUGCUGCAGAGAAGAGCGUAGAGUUGGGCCACGCGUUGGUAGUCGCAGCUGUGCUGCGUCCGUUUUGGGUCAACAACAAGUAGAUCUCUUAACAAUGCACCUGUUUCACUGUGAAGAGUGAAUGUAACUUAAGAUUUAAAAAGAACUUAUUGAUGAAUUUCAAAUCAAAGGGUUGGUUCUAUCAGACCUACAAGCUGCUAUGAGACGUGUGAGGAACAUUCCACUGGGGAGUUUAAAAACAAACGAUAAAAUGGCCAAAUGUCUGCAUGAAAUGACUUAUUUUUUUACUAUUUUAUUCUUUUUUUUUUCUUGUUUUCUUUUUUUUGUGGGGACGCGAUUACUAUGGCAUCCAUUAGUAAAUAUGAUGACUGGUCUGUGAAGAUGAUAAUUCUUGGAGAGUGUAGUCACUUAGAUGUGGUUUGUUGUAUUGGUCCCUCUCUGCCUGUCGCCAUGUGCCGAUGGCAUUUUCAGAGGGACUGUGUGUUACUCAAAAUUUUUAGACCAGUUUGUUGUUACAGCUUCAUUGGAUCCCCCAGAUGUUUUCAUAAGGUGUUUUAUUUUCUCUUUUUUUCUUUUCUUUUCCACAUUUAUUUGACGUAGAAGAUGUUUGUAUGCAUUUACAAUCCAAAUCUCUCUUUAUCUCGCUUGUCACAAAGGAGAAAGCUGUAAAACACACACAUACACACAUACAGUGGGCUGCUUGGAAGCCAUCCUUGAGCAUCAACUCAAAAACUGUUGCCUGUAAAAGCUCCAUUGAGCUCCAAUAGCUACCUUACUGUUACAGAGACCUCAUGCCAGCCUUAAGAAGUGAGUGAGGAGAAAACAUAAACACACAGAAGUGAAAUAAGCUUGCAGUCAAGUUUGUGACCGUGCACAUGUGUCACAGUGGAGGUGACAAAGUUUAAGAGUCUCGUCAUCUCGGUUGAUUUUUAGACAACCACUUAACCCUUGAGUCAUCUUUUAUCCAGCUCCACUGUUGGUCCUUAGACAUCAAGCUUGCACCAAGCCACAAUCUCUCCUCCAGCAGGCUGGCUUGCAUGUACAGCUAAGUCAAUAACUAUGCAAGUGGAAUGCAUAUAAUUCAGUGGCUCUUAACUCUUUUUUUCGUUUUUUUGUUUUGUUUUGUUUUUUUUUCUUUUAUUUCUUUUUUUUCUUUAUUUCUUUUACUGUCACUCAUAAAUGGAAGUAACUUAACUGCAGUGAUAACUUGGCCUUAUGAUAUUAUUGCUAUUAUUAUUAUUUUUAAGAUCUUGAUUCUUCGGAAGCCAACUCCGUUUCUAGGGCGUCCGUGGGUUACAGACAUGGUCUCCAUGAGACCGGCCAGCCGGCCCCAGUUCUAAGAGGUACGAAUGUUGUGCAUUUGUUUAAAAUCAGGACAGUUUGCAAUAAAGCAGUGGCCAACUGUGGGUGCACUAGCAGUGCUGAGACCUGGCUGCUACCUUAUAAACUUUACGGGGUUGAGGAAGUUUGGAAAAAAAAAACUUAACAGUGCAUAAGACGGUGUGUGUUGUGUAUGUAUACAUAAUAUAUAUCUAGAUGUAUGUAUAUACUUCCACACCUCUAUGCUACAUCUGUCCGGGUUCUAUUUAUGAACAUGACAAGAAGUUUAUAAGCGUUGUUUUGCAAAAAUGGUUUUACCAUCUUAAAUGUUUAAUAUUAGGGCAGGCGUGUUCUGUCUUUUUUGUCUCCAGUGAGCACAUAGCAUUGGAUUUUAUAUGUACAUCUGCAAACGGGGGGGAAAAACACACUUGACCGGCACAGGGGUAAAAUGCCAGGUGUGGAGAGAUUUCAUUGAUUGGAGAAGUGAUCUGAUGUUCCACAAUUACGAAGCAGAAAAACCUAUGAGUUUGAAAACAAGCAAACAAACAAAAGAUAAACCUGACACAUAUUUGGGCAAACCAGCCGAAUGUUGAUUUUUGAAUCAAUGUUGAAUGAAUGCAUUUUCUUUUAAUCGGUGAAAUAAAAUCAUUAAAAACAGA